AGUAGAAUAUUAUAAGUACAAGUUAAGAGAGCAGAUUGAAUAAAAUACGGAGUAAGUGAAUAUGCUGGCGCUAUUGGGAUGUGCAGUGUCUCAUGUCUCACGUUCGCCGAUUCGAACGUACAAGAAAUCAGGGAGCCUCAUGGAGGAGCCGGAGGCGGAGAAGACCAUGUUUUCCGGCAAUAACAGUACUGAGAUGAUGUUCAACAGCAUUACCAACGGCGGCGUGGUUCAGAUGAAGCCGCCGGCGGACAAUCAGUCGGCCGGAAACAACAGAGUGAUGGUGGUGGUGAAUCAGACUCCUGAAGCCAAACACGCCCUCCAAUGGGCUCUUACCCACACCAUCCAGACUCAUGAUACUGUGGUUCUUCUCCAUGUCGCCAGCCCCUGUACAAAAGGAGGAAACUCAAACAGUGAACUCAAUAAUGUCAGGACCAGCCAUGAUAUUCUUUGUUCAAUGGAAAGCACGUGUCAAACUAUGAGACCUGGGGUGCAUGUAAACUGUGUAUUGCAACAAGGGAAGGAGAAGGGGAGUGUGAUAGUUGAAGCAGCAAAGCAACAUGGAGUGAGCCUUCUGGUUUUGGGACAGAAAAGAAGAUCAAAGCUGUGGAGGCUGCGUUCAAGGUGGUCAAGGAGAAGGGCACAGGCUAAGGUCAUCAACUAUUGUAUCCAUAAUUCCAGUUGUAUGGCUAUUGCUGUCAGGAGGAAAAACAGGAAGCAUGGAGGGUAUUUGAUCACCACUAAAAGCCAUAAGAAUUUCUGGCUUUUGGCUUAAUUAAUCAUAUAAUAUAAGUAAUUAUCAAUCUCUUUAAUUAUACUUUAAUAACUAAUGUGUACGUGGUUUUAUAUAUUUUGCAUGCCUGCCUUUCUUCACUUUGAUGAAGCUAAGGAUUUUUUUUUUAUAUUAACUGAAGGGUAUUCCAGGUACCAUUUUUGCUAUAUUAUACUUGCAUUACUC